AUGUGUUACGAUGGGGUACGUGCGCGCCAAUUUACCCCCAAGGCCUGUCAAUUGAAUACCAUCGCCGGAGAAGAACUGCUGGGUGGAGCACAGGUACUUGUGCAGCCAGCUUCUUGUGUGCUGGGAACGAGGAUUCAUCUUCUCGUCUCCAUCCUGCUGGCCACAAUUCACUUGUACCCCACAAUUUGGUUCCUGAAUAUGGGUUUCUCUACCCCAGCGGGGACUCCCAUCGUCAUCGCAACUAUAUUCCCAGCUCUUGCUAUCUUCAGUGUCGCUGGCCGAUUUUUGGCGAGAAGGGUGAAGAAGAUCGUAUGCAAAGCCGAUGAUUGGAUGGUCUUGGUUGCUCUUACGCUCGGUAUGGUGACCUCGAAAGCUGCAACGCAUGGCGAACUUGGAAAAAAACAAGCCUUAGAUCUAGAAGGAAAUCCAUAUCCGAACCCGGCUCUAGAGACGUUUCAAAAGAGCUUAUACGCCACUCAAAUAACCUCGCAAGUCGCGAUCACAUUAAGCCGAGCCGCCGUCCUACUCCUCUACACUCGGAUAUUCUUCGCUCAGACACACUUCAUUCUCAUCUCCAGACUUCUACAGGUUAUGAACGGAGCCUGGGGAGUUUCUUUCCUUUUUAUCUACAUUUUCCAAUGUUGGCCCAUCAGUCAACAGUGGACAAAAUCCCAUGGCAUGAGAAAGCAUUGCGUCGAAAGCGGAACAACACUGUGGUGCGCAAUUGCAGUAUCAUCAGUGAUUAUAGACAGCGCCAUACUAGUUCUACCAUGGCCGUAUGUGUUUCGGCUUCGCCUCCCCAAACGGGAGAAGUGGGGGGUAGUUGGAAUAUUCAUGCUGGGUGGCCUGGUGCUUGCUGCUGCCAUUGGGAAGACCUGGACUUUUUUUAACGUCGGAGAUCUUAUUGAAAGAGACCACCAGAUCACCUAUAACGAAUCUACCUUGAUGUACUGGAGUAUUCCAGAAACCUGUUUGGCGGUUGUCUGUGCCUGUCUUCCCACGCUGAGGGGGUUAUUCGAAGACUUUUCACUGCGAUCAGUCAUGGAGGGUAUGAGAUCCUCGUUAAAAUCCCGCGGAUCUCAAAAGUCCACCGGUUCAAGCGGAAAUCCGGGGCAAGAAUCAACCGACCUGAGGCGAGUCGAUUCACGGGAGUUGUCGUUCGAGACUACCCCGUGGGGGAAAGGUAGUGAUGCCGAGAGAGGAUGGGGUAAUUCGCAGCAAAGGAAUUGA